AGCCCAGCAAAACCCAUUUUAGCAAACUGAGCAAGCUAGAAUUCUGACGACUGUCCAACAUCCCAAUUUUCUUUGCUCCCCAAUUUGGUUCAGUCUUUUUCAGGUGUUUGGCAAUGGCGGACGAGGUGGUUCUGCUGGAUUUCUGGGCCAGCGCGUUUGGGAUGAGGGUCAGGAUCGCGCUCGCUGAGAAGGGGAUCAAGUACGAGUACAAGGAGCAGGACCUGAGGAACAAGAGCGACCUGCUUCUCAAGAUGAACCCGGUUCACAAGAAGAUCCCGGUUCUCAUCCACAACGGAAAACCGGUCUGUGAGUCCCUCAUCAUCGUUCAGUACAUUGACGAGGUCUGGAACAACGAGUCUCCGUUGCUUCCCUCUGAUCCUUACCAGAGAGCUCACGCCAGGUUCUGGGCUGACUUUGUUGAACAAAAGGUGUAUCCCAGUGGAAAGAAGUUAUUUACCGCAAAAGGAGAAGAGCAUGAGGCAGCAAAGAAGGAUUUCUUGGAAAUAUACAAGACAUUGGAGGGAGAGCUUGGCGACAAGCCUUACUUUGGGGGAGAAACAUUUGGGUUUGUCGACAUUGCUCUCAUAACUUUUUACUGUUGGUUCUAUGUCUUUGAGACUUCUGGAAAAUUGAGCAUGGAGGCAGAGUGUCCCAAGAUUGUAGCAUGGGCUAAGAGAUGCAUGCACAAGGAGAGUGUCGCCAAGACUCUUCCUGACCAGAACAAGAUUUAUAAGCUUUUUUUGGAGUGGUCAAGUGGUUUGGAGUAGAGUAAGCUCAGCGGCCAGAAGUACAAGAAUAUAGAAGUGCAUGUUUGAUCGUUGUGUCCGCCAAAUGUUUGAUGAAAUUGUACGUGCCUUUCUAGUUUCUAGCAUAGUAAUAAGAAAGACACUUUGUUGUGUCUGCUAAAUGUUUGAUGAAAAUGAAAUUGUGCCUUUUUACUAGAGGAAUAACAUAUCUUCUUUUGCUUCUUAA